ACUACAUAUCGAAGCUAUUUGCACCCAGCAAAUCUUCCCUUUGAGAUUUUUUUUUUAUUAUUUUUUAAGUUGUUUUUCAUCCUCUGGUCGCCUUCUCUCUUACUCUUAUGAGUAUCUGUCUGCAUUCUGACAUUCUCCUUCCUAAAGCAAGGAACUGAGAAAUGGACGCCGUUCUUCAGGCUAAAGGACUUCUUUCUCUUCCCACGUACCCCGGAACUAGGGUUUUCCACCCAUCACAGGGCUUAAAACACAGAUUUUUGUCGCCGAAACCCAAAAGUCUCAAUGGUUGUUCUCUAUCUACAAAUGGCCUCCAAGAAUUACAUCGUUUUACGUAUAAAGCCAAGUCCUUCGAUCAGAAGGACCGAAAUUUAUUCAUCUGCAGGGCCGAAGCUGCUCCUGCAGCAGCUGACGAUCAGCCUGUAUUUGGAGAAAUUGAAAAUGAGAAAUCAAAAUUAUUGGGUGUUGAGAUAACCACACUCAAGAAGAUCAUACCUCUUGGGGUGAUGUUCUUUUGCAUUCUCUUUAACUACACAAUUCUCAGAGACACCAAGGAUGUUCUGGUUGUGACAGCCAGAGGAAGUAGUGCUGAGAUCAUACCAUUUCUGAAAACGUGGGUGAAUUUGCCUAUGGCCGUUGGAUUCAUGUUGUUAUAUACUAAAUUGGCCAAUGUUCUGUCCAAGCAAGCUCUUUUUUACGCUGUUAUUGUCCCCUUUAUAGCCUUCUUUGGGGCAUUUGGUUUUCUUCUGUACCCACUUAGCAAUUACAUUCACCCACAGGCAUUUGCUGAUAAGCUUCUUAACAUCCUUGGUCCAAGGUUCCUUGGUCCUCUUGCAAUCGCGAGAAUCUGGAGCUUCUGUUUAUUCUAUGUCAUGGCUGAAUUGUGGGGCAGUGUAGUCAUUUCUGUCCUGUUUUGGGGAUUUGCCAAUCAGAUAACUACGGUUGAGGAAGCCAAGCGGUUCUAUCCUUUGUUUGGACUUGGGGCCAAUGUAGCCCUUGUAUUCUCAGGCAGGACAGUAAAAUACUUUUCAAAUCUGAGGAAAACCUUAGGACCUGGAGUUGAUGGCUGGGCCAUUUCUCUGAAAGGGAUGAUGAGUAUUGUUGUAUUUAUGGGAGCCGCAAUUUGUUUCUUCUACUGGUGGGUGAAUAGUUUUGUUCCCCUUCCCACACGUAGCAAGAAAAAGAAGGAGAAGCCCAAAAUGGGAACAAUUGAGAGCUUGAAGUUCUUGGUGUCUUCAAAGUACAUUAGAGAUCUGGCAACUUUGGUGGUUGCAUAUGGAAUUAGCAUUAACCUUGUUGAGGUUACAUGGAAAUCAAAGCUAAAAGCUCAGUUUCCCAGCCCAAAUGAGUACUCUUCAUUUAUGGGUGACUUCUCAACUGCAACUGGAGUUGCUACAUUCACAAUGAUGCUUUUGAGUCAAUUUAUAUUCGAAAAAUAUGGAUGGGGAGUUGCUGCCAGGAUUACGCCGACAGUCCUUCUUCUGACCGGCGUUGGUUUCUUCUCUCUUAUACUGUUUGGAGAUCCGCUUGCACCGGCUCUUGCAAAGUUUGGAAUGACGCCGCUACUUGCAGCUGUCUAUGUGGGUGCCAUGCAGAACAUAUUCACCAAAAGUGCUAAAUACAGUUUAUUUGAUCCCUGCAAAGAGAUGGCCUACAUACCCCUUGAUGAGGACACCAAGGUAAAAGGGAAGGCAGCUAUUGAUGUUGUUUGCAACCCAUUGGGGAAGUCAGGAGGUGCCCUAAUUCAGCAGUUUAUGAUCUUAACUUUUGGCUCACUUGCUAAUUCAACGCCAUACCUGGGAGGGGUGCUUCUGGUGAUUGUUCUUGCCUGGUUAUCGGCUGCCAAGUCCUUGGAUACUCAGUUCUCUGCAUUAAGACGAGAGGAAGAACUCGAGAAAGAGAUGGAAAGAGCGGCUAUUGUGUCUGAGAUUGGGGAUGGACAUGUUGUAUCACCAUUAAAUCCAUCAUCUGGUGACUCUGCAAGUCCUACAUCUGAAACCACAACUUCUAGCAAUAUUCAAUAAUAUCUCUUUCUAUGAAAUUGCUGAACAGAAAGAUGAAGUGGAACUGAUGAGUACCAUAUACUAGAUGACCCUGUUAGUUGGAGGUUAUUACCCUGCAUAUAGAAUAAGUUUGGUACUCACUUCUUCAGUCUAACUUUUUUCCUUGGCCCUCACCGGAUGAAGGAGUUUUAGUCCUUUCCAUCAAAGUUUUCUCCUUUGUAGAAUCUUAUUUGUUUUUUAUUAUUAUUUUUGUUCUCCAAAA